UCAAAUUAAAUUUAGAAAUUAGUCCUCCUUCCGCUCCCUGAUCAUCCAAUUACCACCCUCACACAACUUUCUCUUUCCUCAAAAAUUCAAAUCUCCCAAAAUUCGACCUUUCGAUUGGAUUUUCUGGGUUGCAGUAUGUAAUGUGGCAUCAAUCAUGAAAUCUUUCUCUUUGAUAUCUGAAAAAUGUUGAAAUUAAUCUCUGAUUAUAUUCUUAUACCAAAAUUUGGUGAAAUUGUUUCAGUGUUUCAGCUAUAAAAAUUCUAGUCAAGAUACUGCCUUAUAAACUUAUGUAAGAGGGGGUAAUAUAUCUGUUGAAGCUUUAUUGUCAAGAUGAUGGAACCAGAUACAUCUUUCACUGAGGUUGAUCUCAAACAAGAGAAAUUUGAAGAUGUAAAGGAGGAAGGUAACAAAUUUAGUUGUGACCUUUGUGAUAAGGAGAUGGUUCACAAGAUGGCACUAGUUUUACUCGAAGGUUUAUCAACUGCAUGUGUUGACAACACGACAGGAGAUAUGUUCAAAAGCCCCGGCACUGUUGCUGCUGAGAUAAGAAAGGAAAUGUUGAAUUAUCUUACUGAGAGAAGUGAAUCCUUUGUUGCAGAAUCUUUUCUCUCAGACGAAGGUCUUGAGGAGGGAAAACCUGGGCAGCCAUCUGACAUAAUUUCUGACUUCAGUGAAGAUUUUGCUGCUCUCAAGAGGAAUAUAUUGAGCCGGGUUUCUGGGUGGCUGCUUAGUGACAUGAGAGAGGACAAAAUUGAUGAUUUUGUACAAGAAAUGGAAUUGAACAGUUUCUGGUUGUUGGAUAGGAGAGAAGCUAUAGCACAAACUCUACUUAAAAAUGUUGAUUAUAAGAAUGAAUUUCACUGCAAUAUGAAGUUUAAGUCUGAGGAAGAACUUAAACAACAUCGCCCACGUUGUGGUUUUAGGACUGUGCUGUGUCGAAAUGAGGGAUGUUCUGCCACGUUCAGCGCUGCUCAAAUGGAACAGCAUGAUUCUAUCUGUCCUUUUAAGAUGCUUUCUUGUGAGCAGAAAUGCCCAGAAAUCCUCAUGAGAAGGGAAAUGGACAGGCAUUGUAUUACUGUCUGCCCAAUGAAGCUUGUAAACUGUCCCUUCUACUCUAUUGGCUGUAAAGCUACCGUUCCUAGUUGUAAUAUCAAAGAACACUGUUUGGAUAAUAUCCGUUCUCACUUGCUAUAUGCUCUUCAAUAUCAUCACAAGGGAGUCUCGGCUGAGGAUUUGGCACCCCGAGCUGACCAGAUCGAACAGAAUUCUUUCGACCGGCUGGUAGGAAUGCAAGGUGUGAGGUCUUUCACAAAUGCUGUCAAGAAUCUUGACUCGAAGCUUGGGCCAUUCGAGGUUGUAAAGAAGAAGAAUUUGGACAAUGAGAAAGAUACCAAAGAUUCAAAUUCUGAAGAGCCUUCAUCAGAAACCGAAAAUAAAUUGGACUUUGAACAGAAUCCGGCAGAAGACACAAAACCAGCAGGAAACAUGAAGGGUUCAGAUGAGAAAUCAGAUUCUGAACAGUCUCCUUCAAAAGUCUCAAAGAAAGACGAACUUUGUGCAGAAGAGUCAACGAAACCAAAUACUGAACAGAUUACAGUUGAGAAAACGAAGAAAUUGGAGUUUAAACUUCCUACAGAUGGAAACACAAAGGAAUAUCAGGAUUCUGAACUGGAUGUGAUUGAAGACAUGGAAAAUAUCAGGAUUUAGACAACCAGAAAAGAAACUUGAUUCCAAAUAGCCUCCAUUUCAAGAUCUUGAAGAAUACUUACAGAUAGUAUAAGUUUUGUAUCAUGUCCAUAUCAUAGAUUCAUAGUAUCGAGAAUUGCUACAGUAAACCAACCUAGAGAUAUUUCCCGCCAUCUUUCGCAGCCUCGCGUUUUUGUUUCCUGCAGAGGCAUAUGAGGAGGGGAAUGGCUUUAACCUAGGGAAAAAAAAACUAUAUUUAAGAAUUUUCAUAUCUGCUUGAAAAAGUGUAUUUGGAGGAUUGUAAUGCUCAUUUAUACUCAUAUUCGAAGUAUAAGUUUAGCUUAUGGUUAUUAAACCAAUAUUUUGAUGUACAGCUGAUUGUAAUUUUAUGAUCCUGACAAUAUUGAAGUAACAAGUUUACUCUGUUUAAACAAUCAAGUGUCCAAGAUUUUGAUUUGGUUGAA